AUGGAUAAAUUACAGGAUUACCUGAUUACAUGGACCCAAAUUCUGUUCAUCUCCUGCUGUUUUCUGACUGUCCAUUGUGCACAACCCAACUGUACAUCUGUGACUGACUUUGAUGAUUGUCCAGGGAAUAUAAGAGAUUUCUGUCCAGAGAAUAUUGUUUGUGCAUGCAAAGAUGGAGAGCCUUUUUGCAAAUGCCCAUAUUUCAGAGGUCGGUGGGGAAAUUACUGGUACAUGGGGACCAAAUGUGACCAAAUCUGGAAUACUCUGGACCUGAUUUUAGUAGCAACAUUGCCUGGAAUAGGACUGGCUUUAAUAGUUGGUGUAAUGAUCCAGACUGUCCACUACUGUAAAAAGAAGUCAAAGAAGAAUAUAAAUGAUCACCGAGAAGAAAGGAGUUCAUCAGAACUCCAACCUCAGCAUAAUUCUGCGUAUGUCUUUGAUACUGCCGUGAGACUUUCUCAACCUGAUCAAGUCCAGAACCCCAGGACCUUAUCACUUCAAAAUGUCCGUCCUACAAGUCCUUCAUCACCACCACCACAAUUCGCUGAAAGAAAUUACAACUGUAUGCUUCAUAAACCCAGAGAAGAUAAUCAUCACAUCUAUCCAUCUUAUAAUUGGAAUGGCUCUCUGGAACCAGCUAAACAUGAAGCAAAUUAUGGGAACAAGUAUUCUUCAACCACGCACAUGAAGCCACUCUUCAAUUUUUCCACACAUGGAGCUCCACCAUCAAACUACAUUCAAAGAGAGAGACAACAACUUGGAUAUACAAGUUCUGAAGAGCAAGAAAUCCCUUAUAGGAUAGAACGUGUGCAGUUGAGACCCAACUAUUAA